AUGGUACGGUCAGUGGGCACUAUGGCGCUGGUCGGGCUAGCUAGAUGUUGUCGGUCUUUCGGACGGGAUCCCUCCAAAGUGGCCUUCUGUGGUGUUUGGAAGCCGGCUUGGAUUGAAGGUUGCGCAGGAGCUAAGAGGCAUCUGUUGUCAGAAGAUGUCAUCAAACUCCAAGGCUUCCAGCAGAGAAAGCUGGCUGUGGCUCAUCUCGUCACUGGGUCAAAAGGAAAUUACAUCGAGCUAUUUACCAAGAGGCUACAAAGAAAUGAGCUGAUUCCGAGGGAAGAGCUGAAACUGCUCCUUCACUUGUGCCAGACCGCCGAUGACGUGCUGAUAGCGAGGGAUGCCAUUUAUAGGUAUCACACGGACAACAGGAACUUGAUGUUUGGAGAGUUCAAGUUUGGUCCCCUCUUUGUGAGACUGUGCUACGAGCUGGGCCUGGAGAGCUUGGCUGCCGCUACACUUACAGAUGAGAAAAUGGGAGGAUUUUUCGAUGACGCAACUUCCUUUAACAUCACCAUAGACAUGUUAUUCAUUAAAGGCUCUUUUGAAAAAGCCUUGGAGCUACUUAGAACCAUGAGGGCCCAAGGUAUACCAUUCAACAAGGACACACUGACACUGGCAGCUGGCACCUGCUAUAAACUGAACACGGCCGACUCGUACAGGAUCUGCACUGCUCUGAUAGAGGAGGGUCAGACCAAAGGGAACGCCGUCCCCAGACACGCUCACUGCUUUGCUGUAGCAUUGGCACUUAGACAAAAUGACAUAGAAAAGGCCCAGUCGUUGUUUUCACAAAUAAUGAUUACUGACAGCAGAUUGUGCCAAAAUCUGAAGGUCACAAUACUAACGAUGUCAGGAGCCGUGACGGAUGCUGUUUCUCUGCUGUCGGCCGCCUUGUUGCCUAAAAGCCCUGCUUUUGUGAAGAAGCUCGACUUUUCUCAGGAGGUGGUGGACUUGCUGCGCUUGAGGAGUGAGGGCGGCCCACACGCGAUGGAAGUGGACCAGAUAAUUACCAAUCUUGAGCGAGCCCAUCAGGUGACCCAGCAGACCCUUGACGGCAUGCUCUGCCACACACCCACAGGGAAGAGGAAACCAGAGCUGAAUAUGACGGACAGAAAGACCAGACGAAGGAAUCUGAAGUCACUUCAAUCCACUCUGCUGUCGGAGUGAUGGAAGCCUGCUUUCACUGAAGGCUGGAUGCAAUCAGCCAAAACCACUGACUUGUUUGAGUAUUAAUGCACCUACCUCUCCUUAAACACAGAUGCAGACUGGAUUUCGGUCUGUUUUGUUUUUUGUUGCCAUUCUUAUCCAAAUUUUGAUGAGUGAUCAAGUCCCGACAGGCACUUUAACAGAAAGAUUCUGUGAGAAACCAUUCAAGUGGACAUGGAUUUCCUUGCAAAAAAAACUCAUACGGCUAUUGAGUGAUUUUGGAAGAAUGUGUUGUAUUUAAAAGUGUGAAUGAGUGAUUAAAGAUGAAUUGGACAUUCAAUGGUAAAAAUAAAGUCUUGUUUUAAUAUAAAAGGGUGAUGGUGAAAUACGUUUUUUAGUUAAAUAGCUUUACAAUGUUUCCAGUAUGUCUUUGAACAAAAGUGAGGUCAAAUCUGACUGGAUGCAAUCACUUCUGUUCAAAUUGAUCAUAAGGAGAUCAUUUGCCACAGCACUCUCAAUUUAAAAUCAAGACUGUUAGAAUUCACAAUGGAUCUCAAGUGUAAAUGAGGCCUCAGCAGUUUGCAUUGGACAAAUUAUGUGAGAUCAAAAUGUUUUGUUGCUGUCAUUGCACUGCAGAUGCUUGCAGCAAGCAAAACCUGUUUCGACCUGUUUUUUAAACGUCGUUGGUUAUUUAUUUGGGAAGACGGCGAUUAUUUUGACCCAACUUUAAUUUAAAACGAAUAAGGCACAAAAAGGUGACC